AUGAUUUUUGAACCCGCAAAAUUUUUAGACUAUUCCGUCGAUGGCUGUGAACGAUGUUCACCGUCGAAUAAAUGGUUAUUUUGUGACUCAACGCAAAUGCAUUGCGUGAGUAAAGUGGUCAUUAACGGCAAUUGUUCGUCUUUCGAAGGUGUCUUCAACGUCUGUCACGAAUCAGUUUGUAUCAAUGGCACGUGCUCAAACACCUCGGCAUCAGCUCCAGCCCCUACAAAUAAUUCGUCGGACAUAAUCACAACUGACGACAACUCAUCUGCAAUGACAAAUGCUCAAAACGAAACUAUUGCUUAUGAAAAUGACAACUCCACAGAUGUGCUGUCCGAAUUGAUUUCUGGAAAAACUGAAGAAUUUGAAUUUGUAUCGUUUGCUCCAAUAGCAAAUAUAUCUGAUCAGGUCGAUACAGUCCCGUCAUUACCCACACAUAAUGCGUUACCUGAAAGCAAUACGAAUGUGCAGCAGUUGCAUGCGACCCGAUCAGCAAAUCAUUCAAGUGCAGACACCGCAACCCCCGAAGAUAACUUGAAUUCNCCAAUAAUAUUCAAACAAAUACAUCCCAACCACCUGUUGAAUCGCUCAACCGAAACGAAUUUCAAGAAAAAUGCCGUUACAGUGUCAUCCUCCGUCGUUCACUCGUCUUCGAGCACCACAACUCCUAUACCGUCUCCGCCAACGACAGUACAGAUUCCAACUGCUCUUUCAUCUCCAACAACCACGCUGUCUUUGGAAACCAUGCCUAGUUCGUCAACAACUCCACCAGCAUCAUUGAUACCCGAUUUGGAAGUGGUGCAACUAAAGGGUAAUGAAACGGUUACUGCUGCCAUUACUUCAGCUACUACCCUAUCGCAGCCGUUCACCGAGACAUUCGAAUCGACCAACUCGAAUAUAACUCACACAAGUACCCCACAACCCACUACGACUGCAAAUGUAGUCUUAGUGGACGAUAAUGAGCAAAUAUUUGCAAAUAAUCAAUCGUUGUUCACUUUCGAGAAGAAUAUAACUUGUGAUGACGACGAUAAUCAGUAUGUACCUGCUGCACACGAUUUG